GCGGUGCACCGCAACCGGAAGAUGUUGGUAUAUUUGUGUCCUAGCUAAACGGAAUGAAUGGACGCUGUGAUGCACUGAGGUGCUUCUGCUUCCAUCUGUCCAACAUGACAUGAACUCCUCAGCUCAUGAUUCAAGCCGCUCGUUCUCGUCUUCCACGAAUUCCCGCCGCUGCUGAUCACCAUGGCAACAAGGAUGAAGCUGAAGCUGAAGACGGUGUUCGUGCUCUACUUCAUGGUCUCCCUCCUGGGCCUCGUCUAUGCACUGAUGCAGCUGGGUCAACGCUGCGACUGCACGGAGCAUGACCUGCCCAAAGACCGUACCAUAUCUCGGCUGCGGGGGGAGCUGCACCGUCUUCAGGAGCAGAUGAGGAAGUCGGAGGCGACCAAACAGCCCCAGAAACAGGCAGUCAAGCCCUCUCUGCCCACCAUCUUUGUAAUCACCCCAACAUACGCAAGGCUGGUACAGAAAGCUGAGCUUACUCGUUUGUCCCAGACGUUCCUCCACGUUCCUCAGCUCCACUGGAUUGUGGUGGAAGACUCGCCUCAUAAGACGCCGCUGGUGACAGACCUCCUCGUGAAGAGCGGCCUGACCUUCACACACUUACACAUGCCCACUGCCAAGGACCGCAAACUCCAGGAGGGCGACCCCAGCUGGCUGAAGCCCCGUGGAGUCGAGCAGAGGAAUGAGGGUCUACGGUGGCUCAGAGAGGACAGAAGGGCUCAGCCAGGCGGAGAUAACCAGCAGGGAGUGGUUUACUUCGCUGAUGACGAUAACACAUACAGCCUACCGAUAUUUGAAGAGAUGAGGAGUACCCAGCGAGUGUCUGUGUGGCCUGUGGGGCUGGUUGGAGGGAUGAAAUAUGAGAGGCCAGUGGUUGAAGGAGGAAAAGUGGUUCGCUUCCACACCGGCUGGCGUCCCAGUCGCCCCUUCCCCAUGGACAUGGCUGGAUUUGCUGUGUCCCUCAAACUGGUCCUGGCCAAUCCAGAGGCUUGUUUCGAUGGAGAGGCACCAAUGGGUUUCCUCGAAAGCAGCUUUCUUCAGGGAUUGGUUACCAUGGAUGAGCUGGAGCCCAAAGCGGACAACUGCUCGAAGGUGCUGGUGUGGCACACGCGGACAGAGAAACCGAAGAUGAAGAGAGAGGAGGCUCUGCAGGCUCAGGGAUUGGGUUCAGACCCUGCUGUGGAGGUCUGAGGAACACACACACACACACACACACACACACACACACACACA